GCGCAUACUCUAGACCCACUUCUUAUCCUGCAUCGUCACCUGAAUUCAUAGUACAGUAUGAGCACGAAACACGGGAUCAUACCUGAGGCUGACAAGCUCGCUAUCACACCCAUCGAUGAGAGCUUGUACUCUCUCGAACCGAAUGAACUCGAGUUCUUCAAGUCCUGGACGAAGAUUCAGGAUGAAGAGGAGCUAAAGCGCCAUAUCUUGAAGAGUCAGGCUGACGCAUAUGCUGUUUAGCCUUAUCCAUGCAUUCGCCGAUUCUCUUUCACGAAAUUGAAGAUCUCUCGCUUCCCGGCGUACCAGGACUUACUCCGACUUGGCAGGGAGCGUCCAGGCGCGCUUUUCAUAGAUCUUGGAUGUUGCUAUUGUGUUCUACAGUUGGUAAUGACGUCAGAAAAGCAGUAGCAGACGGCUUUCCGGUACAACAAGCUUUGGCAUCCGACCUCCGUCCAGAAUUCUGGGAGCUUGGGCACCAGCUGUUCAAGGACACCAAGGAGACCUUUCCUGUCCCCUUCAUACCCGGUGACGUCUUCGAUAUCAACUUUCUCCCAGACGAAGCCCGUAAAGCAGAUACGACAACGGAGCUUCCACCUCUAUCAAGCUUGACAAAAUUGACGCCACUUCUGGGGCGCCUGUCUGCCAUCCAUACUUCCGCGUUCUUCCAUUUGUUUGACGAGGAGCAACAAUUCCACCUCGCGAAAAAAGUCGCUUCGCUCCUCUCCGCUGAACCCGGAUCGAUCAUAUUCGGCGCGCACGUUGGUAGGUCCCAGAAGGGAUACCGUACCGAGGUCCCAGUAUUGGGCGUACGAACGCAAGCUAUGUUCUGUCACGGUCCCGAGAGCUGGGUGGAGAUGUGGGAGAAACAGGUCUUCCAGCCAGGCCAAGUCCGAGCUUGGGCAACGUUGAAGGAAGUCGAAAGACCUGAAUUCGCCCCAGUCACAGAGGGGAAGUUCUAUCUUUUGGUGUGGUCCGUUACAAGGCUCUAGAAUGUUUCCUUCCCUUCAGAUUCUGUUCGUACGAUGUAAAGGUAGACAAAGCCCACCUCGGCGCGCUGGUGAAUGAUGAUUGGUAUCUAUGAGAUAUG